CUUUGUAGUAAAAUCAGAUUCGCUGUUUUCGCAAAAAGUUUAGCAGCACUCGGCGGCGCCAUCACCUCCCUUAGACGACAACCAGAAGACAAUGGCCAAACGAGACAGUGAAGAGAACACAGCCUUCCUAGGCUACAAAACGCCGCCAGACGCAGAUGAGCGUACAAAUAGAUUUGGUUUCAUUCAAAGAAUGCUUCAAAAGAAUAUUGUUUGGGGCGUUUUAGGCUUCAUCUCGUCGUCGUUUCUUUUCCUGGCAAUUAUACUCAUGGCCGGAUAUCCAAGAGAUGGCAAUACGAAGCCACAGCUACUAGCUAGCCAGAGCUUGUGGCCAGAUAUCCCCGAGUACACACGAGUCUUUGUGGAUGACAAGGACUGGAAAGACGAUGGCGAAGUGGGCGAUGUGCUUUGGAACAACCUCUUGCCUAUUGGUGAAGGUUACGUACCCAUUCCCUACCCGCGAAACUAUAACCUACCUGAAAGUGCCCCGUUCGUGGGUAACCCGGACAAGGCGGAGGUGUAUGCUACAUCCAGUGUACAUCAAUUACAUUGUCUAGCGACACUACGAGAGAUGAUCAAAUCCUAUGAUCGGGGCGAGGUGCCAGCAUAUGGUAGUGGCCACGCCUACCACUGUUUAAAUUACUUAAGACAAGGUGUCUUGUGUGCCGCUGACACAACAUUCGAGUAUGGACAUCCGGUAUGGGAUGCUGAGGGAAAAUAUAUGUCCUAUGAUUUUAGCGGAAUUGGUGGAGUGCAUCAAUGUCGAGACUGGAACACUGUAAAGGAGUUUUUAGUGAACCAUCGCGCAUCUGAUAAACAAAGUAUUAAUUAAACGGUUUUAGAUAUCACAGGUGUCAAUACGAUAUUUUUAAUUGUUAUAAAUCACGAGCAAAU